ACCCAGCUCCCUGUCAACGCCUAUCACCUCCUUGCCACAGACCAGCUCCUGUCAACACUGGAUCACUCCUACACAGACCAGCCCUCCUUGCCAACACUGAUCACCUCACAGACCAGCCCUGCUCAACGCCUAUCACCUGACACAGACAAGCCCCUGUCAACACUGAUCACUCCCACACAUGAGACCAGCCCUGCCAAUGCUGACUUCACACAGAAUGCCCUCGCUUCACCUGAUUCUACCCCUGCCACAGACAAGCCCCUCUCCUACAACGCCUAUCACCUGCCACAUAGACCAGCCCAUGUCAACGCCUAUCACCUCAUUACACGCCCCUGUCAAGUGCUGAUCACUCUCACACAGACUAAAGCCUCUUGUCAAUCGCUGGAUCACCACACAGACUUCAGCUCCUCUAAGUCAACGCCUAUCACCUCACAUAGACCAGCCCUUGCCAAGUGCCUUCUCAUCACCUCACAGCAUCCUCAGCCUCACAACGCUCCACUACCUCACAUAGACCAGUGCCCCUGUCACCACUUUUCGAUCACUCCUGACACAGACCAGCUCCCUGUCAUGACUUCACCACAGACAGCUCCGCUCAAUGUUGAUCACCCCACAGACCAGCCUCUGUCAACUCCCAUCACCGCCACACAGACUCAGCCCCCUGUCAAUGCUGGAUCACCUCACACAGACCAGCCCCUACCAGCCCCUGUCACACUCGCUGAUCACCUCUACACAGACCAGCCCCGUCAACGCUGGAUCUACCUCACACAGACCAGCCCCCGCCGUAAGCGAUCACCUCUCACUGCCAUCAGGCCCCUGUCAUCACCAUCACCCCGGCCACCGCACCCUCAGCCCCCUGUCAACGCCUCAUCACCUCACACAGACCAGCCCCCUGCAACGCCCACCCUCAUCAGCCCUUCGGAGGCACAGACCAGCCCCUGCACUGCACCCGCAUCACCGGCCACACAGAGCCCCAGCCCCCUUGUCAACGCCAUCACCAUCACCUCACCACCAGACCAGCUUCUCCCUGUCAACGCUGAUCACCUCACACAGACAGCUCAGCCUGUCUGUCACCGCUGGAUCACCUCACACAGACAAGCAGCCUCCUGUCACAAUGCCCAUCACCUGGACACACAGACAAGCUUCCCCUGUCAACACUGA